AUGUUAUCAGAUUCUAAUGGGUAUUGGCAUAUUAAGUUUGCACAUCAGAAUUAUAAGUAUGUAAAAGAGUUCUUAGAUUCUAGAGGCAUAAAAUAUGAAGAGCAGACUGAUCAGUGCUUACCGUGUAUUCAGGGAAAACAGCAUAGGUUACCUUUUGGCUAUAGUAGUAGUAGUGUGUACACACUUAGAUUAGGAGGAAAAUUAGGAGUUUUUGUGGGUUAUAACGUUCACACAAAAGGAUACAGGGUAUGGUAUCCAAAUAUAAGAAAAGUAGAGACUCAUAGGGAUAUUAUAUUUGUCAAGGAGAAAAUAGAUGUUAAGAAGAAUAUUAACUCAAACAGUACAUUACCAGAGAGUGAAGAAUCAACAGAGAAAGAUGAAGAAGAAAAUCAAAAUCAAAAAGAUAAUAUUGAGAAAGAAGAAUACAGAGAUGUCCAGCAGCAAGAAGAAAGAAACAUAGCAGAAGAUGUAGCAUCGAGUGAAGUAGGCAUGAUGGAAGAGUAUCUUGAUGAAGAAUUCUUAGAUUCAGAAGAGGUUUCUAAUAACAGAGAAAAGAUUUCUAGAAGAAAAAGGCAGGUGAAAAAGCCAGCAUGGACAAAAGAUUAUGAUUUGGCAAUGAUAGCUCAAGAAGAAGAACAGUUUACAUAUGAAGAGGCGUUAAAAGGGUAUACAGAUGCUGAUUGGGCAGGAAAUCAUAGUGAUAGAAAAUCUACAUCAGGUUAUGUCUUAAAAGUUUUUGGUGAUACAGUGUCUUGGUCCUCCAACAAGCAGCAGUGUGUAUAG